AUGUCUCGUGGAAAGCUGAUUGUAUUUGAAGGUCUCGACAGAUCAGGCAAGUCUACACAAUGCGAGAGACUAGUGUCUUAUCUUUCUGAGAGAGGCUUGCCUGUAAAACAUCGUCGAUUUCCCGAUAGAACAACUCCAAUUGGCCAAAUGAUCAACAACUACCUGCAGGGACAGAGUGAACAAGAAGAUCAUGUCAUUCAUCUGCUUUUCUCUGCGAACAGAUGGGAGGCAGUAGCGUCGAUAGAAGCAGACAUCAAUGCUGGAACAACCGUCAUCAUUGACAGGUACUACUAUUCUGGAUGUGUCUAUUCUGCCGCGAAGAACAAUCCCAGCCUCAACCUCGCUUGGUGCCGUCAUCCUGAAGAAGGCCUUCCUCGACCAGACUUGUGUCUUUUCCUUGAUAUCUCUGCAGAGGACGCAGCAAAGCGAGGGGGUUGGGGCGAAGAACGAUACGAGAAGAAGGAGCUUCAAGAUCGAGUCCGCCAGCUUUUUGCUGACAUUCGAGCCACAGACGAUGGUUCUGACUUUGUAACCAUAGAUGCUGGCCAAAGUCUCGAGGACGUUGGAAGCGCAAUCCGUCAUCAUGCUGAGACUUGUAUCAGCACGACACGUGGUCCUCUGCGACGUAUUCAGUCUUGGUAG